AUGAAUAUUGCUGUGAUUUUGUUAGUCUGUGUUUUUCAAAUUGGCUUCGCUAAAGCAAUUGAUGAUAAUAAUUAUAAUUUUGCAAGAACAAACAACAAUGAUUUACAAAAGUGUCUUUCAUCAUCAUUGUCAUCUUCAGUUUAUACUAUUUAUCCAUGUAAUACUCUAGAAAAUCAAAAUAGUUCACAAUAUAAAUGCGAUCAUUUCGAUGUUAAUAGUUUGUUGGGUAUUCGCGGAGGUCGAAUUCCUCAUUUGCCUGCUGUCAUUGUUUAUGUAAUGAACAGUAACGAUGUGCAAAACGUGGUGAAAUGUGCAACAAAAUUAAAUUACAUUGUCAAUGCAUUAAGUGGAGGCCAUAGUUAUGAAGGACAUGGUUUAGGCUCAAAGCACAACAAUAUUAUUAUUAAUAUAGAAGGAAUUAAUUACAUUAAUAUUAAUCAAAGUGAUAGAACUGGUAAGUUUGGAGCUGGUACAAGACUCGAUCCAAUCCAUUACACAGCAUAUCAAUAUGAUAAUCUUACAAUUAAUGGUGGAACUUGUGCAUGGGUAGGACUUGCUGGUCUGGCACUUGGUGGUGGGAAAGGUGAACUAUUAGCAAUAAAUGAAAGUCAUGAACCCGAUUUGUACUGGGCACUACGUGGUGGUGGUGGAGGUUUAUUUGUUAUUGUAACAGAAUUUAAACUUAGAUUAGUUCAAGCUCCAUUACUUGUCAUGAUGUUGACAUCUGUUUGGGAUGCGAACGCAACAAAAUUAGUAAUUCAACGAUAUCAAUCAUUAAUAUUCAAUGAGAAAAUAUUGAAUUUACCUAAUAAUAUAUUUAUAUUGCUGACUGUAAAAAGUGCCACUGUAGACAUUUUAUUAAGUUAUUAUGGUGUCGAAUUAGAAGAGUUUAAUAGAAUUGUAUCCUUAUUCUUAUCAACUUUACCAUCUCCACUUAAAAUCAAUAUAACUGAACUAGACUGGUUGAGUUUUGUUUACGAACACUCGUCGCUUAGUAAUCCUAGUGAUGAUAUUCGAGAAUUAUUACUCAAUAAUUUAACAUACCCAACAUAUUAUUUUAAGGCCAAACAUUUAUUUUAUGAUCAACCGGUAAGUGAUGAUAGUCUUGAUCAAUUAAUUUCUCGAUUAACAUCAACUGAUAGUUCAAUUACUCUGCAAUUUGAACUUUGGGGUGGAUAUCUAAAUACAAUUCCAGUUGAUCAAACCGCAUUUUUACAUAGACAUUAUAAAUUUGAUAUUCAAUUUAUGGUUUGUUGGGAUAAUGAUCAAGAUGAAAAUGAACAACUGAAUCGGUUAAAUCAAGUAUAUUUAACAGUCUAUAAUGAUUCAACAAAAUAUUCAUAUAUUAAUUACAUUGAUAGAGAUCUACCAAAUUGGAUGAAUGCUUAUUAUAACACACAUCAACAAAGAUUAAUUCAUAUUAAACAUAUUUAUGAUAAAGAUAAUCGAUUUGAUUUUGAAAGAACAAUACAGUUAAGCGGAGCAAAUCAGUAUACAUUUUUCAACUUUCAUCUUUCAAUCUUUGUACUUUUCUUGUUUUUUAUUAUAUAG